AUGGCGUCUGUGUCGGCUACUUGUGUUAGGUUUCAAACUUCACUAAUCAAGCAGUCCAUCAAGAAUAACCAGAUGGGAAUAACACCUAGUUUGAAGCUGGUUUCCCUGGCUUGGGCAAGUGGUGGUUCCCCUUCUCUGAGAACCUCCCGCUUCCAAGUCUCUUGCGCGGCAAAGCCUGAGACAGUGCAGAAAGUAUGUGAAAUUGUGAGGAAGCAAUUGGCUUUGCCUGCCGAGUCUGAGCUCCACUCUGCAUCAAAGUUUUCAGAUCUUGGUGCUGACUCCCUUGACACAGUGGAAAUAGUGAUGGGGCUGGAGGAAGAGUAUGGCAUUAUUGUUGAAGAAGAUAACUCUCAGAACAUAACCACCGUCCAAGAAGCUGCUGAAUUGAUAGAAAAACUUGUUCAAAAGAAAAGUGGAGCUUAG